AUGAGCGGGUAUUUAGUCCUCAUCGUGCUGUGCUUGGCCACUCACCAGACGUGUUCGAUAAAAAUAGGAAUUUCGCACAACUACAACAGCACUGAAUCUCCAAUUCCGCACACUACCACCGAAUCUUCAGCCACGACUGUGUCUGCCAGCAGUGGAUCUCUGGCCAGCUCGGCCAGUCCAUGGCCGGAAGUGGCCAGCACUCCAGGAAACACCUUUCCACCGCGCAGCCAACAGAAGCCCAGGGUCACAGUGGCACCACCAACCAGUGCUUUGCCGUCCCCGGCGGAGGCUCAACCUUUGGACGCCACUGAAGCGUCUGCCUCUUGGCCAGGAAUACCCAAGGAUAACAGUCCCCACUACUGCGCCUGCGACCUGCACUCCGAUAUGUGUGACCUCAACUGCUGCUGUGACAUCGACUGCCCGCCGGAGACAGGCCAGGUGUUCAACUGCAUGGCCAGUUCCUCUUUCCCGCAGCUGCAAUCCCGGCUGGAGGACUUCCAGUACACCCAUGGCUUGCCCACGUGUCAGAUGAAUGACGGGUGGCUGUGCGUCUUCCGCAGUAAUACAAAGACGGUCAAGACCGCUGAUCAGUUGCCGGAUUUGGAUACUUCGCAGCGUCACAAAUGGACGGACUACUUGGGAGCCUAUGACAUGGACUUCGAUCAGUCGCGAUCCUCGGCAGCGCACUACAAGUUCGGCCAGCCCUUGCAGUUGUGGCAGCCCGAGACCAGACAACUGGCCACUUUCGAGCUGCCCACCGCCUACGAGAGCUCCCGUUGCCAGCUGAAGCAGUCGGUUCUGCAUCUGCAGCCCAGCAGGAGCCGCUGCAGGAUGAAGGACUCUGCCCAGCUGCAGGAACACCUCUGGGGCAUACUCAAUCUGACCGUCACACACCAACUGCUGGCCAAACCCUACGAUCCAGAGGAUCAGGAGGUGGAGGGACUGACCAUAGAGGUCUGUCAGAGAGGGGACGAUGGCACCGCCUUGCAUUGCCUGGAGCGAGGAAACGACACCCAACUGGAUAUUGUGGUGGAUAAAGUGGAGCUUCUUCUGGUUCACAAUUUCACAAACAUUCUGCAGGCGAAGCUUUUGCUAGAGGAGGCAAAUCUGGCAGCGGAUGACAGCGACUCCCUUUGGCUGCACUGCGAAGUCAGGUAUGUCGCUCCAAAUGCUUCGCUGGCUAAGCCUACUUCGGGACCACUGGGCUACCUGCCUGGCUCGCCGCUAAUCCUCUCCAGAACGCUGCCACAGAACAACAGCGAAGAAGAACGAAAACUGAGCUACUUUAGUGAGAUCAACGGGUCACCGCUGCCCCCACGGAAACUUCCCGGAAGCAGCUGCCAACGCAUCCUGGACCACAAGAGAGUCCUGCGAUUCGGUGUGGACCUCCUCACCCGAUGCCAGCUGCACCAAGCGGCGCCCCUGCUCCAGAAGAAGGCCAACCACACCGAAUACUGCCAGGGCCUGCAAGCCCAGAUUUGGAUGCAGCUGUUGCCCCUCAAUGGCAGCCACCUGGAGGACGUGGCCAAGGUGCUGGUCUCGCAGCUGGGCAGACCGCAGCCGGACAAGUGGAUGCCGCUGGAGCUCCGAUACCCGGAGAACGCCCACGAGAUGCCGCCACCCGUGCAGGCAGUGUACAACGAAGCGGAGCGUAGUCUCAGCUGCCGGAACAUAUUCCUAAGCGUGGCAUACGAGUUCCAUGUGGCUGAGCAGACCCUGCUGGAGGGCAGGGCUCCUCAUCAGCGGGUCCUGCAGAGCAGCCGUCUGGUUCUGGGCCAGCGACAUGACCUGGAGCUCGAUAGCGAACUGGAGGUGGCCCUGCCCCUGAGCAUCUCCGUCAUGUUCUACCGGAUGCAGGGCAAAGCUAUGAGUGGAGCCGCCGGAGUUGCUGUCUCCGGACCCAAAGUGCUACCUGCAAUCUGGGGAAUUUAUCUGGGAUUGGCGACUAGAUCGCGGCUACUGUGGCUCUAGACUAGUAAUGCGAUUAGCAAGACGUUUUGUAAAAUAAAUGACACAAACCAAUAAACCUUA